AUGAAUAUACAAGUUUCGACUUAUGGAGUCAAUAUUAAAAUUUUACCCGUAUUUGUUGAGUCUGCUGGCUUGGGUAAUACAGAUCCAAUUAAUACCAACCAUGCCAAUCGUACGGUUUAUUAUACUGGUUCAGAGGCCAACAUAGUCAAAACAUUUUGUCAAGUGCGUAAUUGCCACCUGCGUGUGGAACCAUAUGGUGUUGACGACUGGGGAGCUAUAUAUGAUAAUGAGACAGCCACUGGUAAUUUAGGUGGCAUAUAUGCACAACAUAUUGAAUUAGCAAUUGGUUGCUUUUACAAUUGGUAUAAUAACAUCACAGAAACUUCAGGCACAAUAGCGCGAUCUGCAGUAACAUUAUUAGGACCCGCACCUUCUUUACAUCCAGCUUGGCGUACGAAUAUAAUGCCUUUCAGCAAUAAACUCUGGGUGUUCCUUUUGUGCACACUCAGUCUUUGUAGUUUUCUCAUGUAUUUUAUAAAGUUUUCAAAUCAUUCUUUCAAGCACUCAAAGAAUAGAGUGUUUAGACAUAUGAAUGUACUCGAACAUUCUGUAUUGAAUAUCUUUGCAAUAUUUAUACAGCAACCUUAUGCACAUACUGGUUUGCACUAUAUUUCUAUACGUGUCUUUCUAACAGCUUUAUUGUGUGCUGCACUUACAUUAGAAAAUAUUUACAGUGGUCAGUUAAAAUCAAUACUGACUAUACCAUUUUACUCUGAACCUAUUGAUACUACAUAUAAGUGGUCCCAAAUCAACUGGAAAUGGGCAGCACCAGCUGUGAUAUGGGUAAAAACUAUUGAAAACUCUGAUUUGGUAAAGGAACAAGUUUUAACUAAAAAUUUCGAAACUCGAAACUAUGAUUUUCUAUACAACGCCAGCUUUCGUAAUGAUUACGGCAUAGGCAUUGAACGUUUAAUGAGUGGUUCAUUCAGCUUUAGUGACUUUCUUACAACCGCAGCACUAGAUAAUAAAAUUGUACUGAAGGAUGAUCUCUAUUUUGACUGGACAAGAGCUAUAAGUAUAAGAGGGUGGCCUUUAAUGCCGCUUUUUAACGAACACAUACUCAUUUGUAUAGAAACUGGACUUUUCAUACAUUGGGAAAAAGAAGCUGCUGAACAAUAUCUUAAUCGACAGGUACAAGACAUGAUGUUUAAAUUAGCUUCAGGGCAUAUAAACAAAGUUCCUCCUCGUAAAUUAACUGUGGAAAAUAUAUCGGCAGCAUUAUUCGCUUUAGGAUUUGGUUAUUUAAUUGCGGCAAUUGUUCUGUUAUUGGAGAUUUUUACUUCAAAACUAACUCAAAGUUCCAAUGAGAUAAAGAAAAAAGCUACUUUAAAACGAAAGCAAAGAAUGUUGAACAAAAAACUACAGAGCUAA